ACUCGAGACGGUCACAGGGAAGCGCGAAGCAGCAGUAGGGAGGGAACAAUGGAUGGCAGACAGUUGACGGCAGAAUCGGUGCCGGUUUUCCAGGAAGGGAUAGGUUUACUCCUGUCUCGGUGGUCGGCUCUGCAAAUGGCCGUCGAAAACGAGUGGGGCGGCCGCGACUCUCGCCGCAAAGCCGACCUCCUCGUCUCUGAUAUCUCCUCAUUCUUCGCCAACUCCAAAGAGCCGCUUUACAUUGAUGAUCUAGAAAACAUCCUGGAGGAAUCUCUGCUCUCUCUCAAUACCAUGGCUGAGGAUGGCAGCAUCGAGGAGGUGGCAGAAAAGUUAAUGGUUAUGCAUGAAGAAUGUUUGGAAGGUAACUAUCAGUCUAUUGAAAAAAUGAGGGCAACCAAUCCUCCCCCAGUUACUCAUGUCAGACAGGUUAAUGAUGACUAUGAUGACAACGACGACGAUGAUGAUGGCAUGGGUGAUGACAACACAACAAACAUGAUGUUGGAUGUCCCAAAUUCUGGGCCAAUUUUGAAUCCCGUUGAUAAGCCAACUGAUGAACCAAAAUCCAAGCAGAGGGCUGAAGCCGCAGAUGAUGGUUGGACUGUAGUUUCUUCCAGGCGAAAUAAGGGUAGAAAAAAUUAGCUUAAUUCUUAAUUACUAUACUUUUUCCUUUUGUUUUUCUUAAGCGGCAUCUGUAUCUCUUUCAACAUCUUUUGAGUGCUAAAUUGCUAAUUACUAAUAUUCGUACCUCUGGUUUAGUAACUUAAAGAAAAUUGCCAGUUUCCU